GCGAUAAACUUUUGUCUCUCGCCUUUUAAGAGGUCAACGGGAGGGAGGCAAGAAAAUCCCCGUAGAGACUUCCCCUCCGUCUCUUUCACGUGAUCCGAACCGACCAAUAGGAGAGUUCGACGCUAUUAGUACGCGACUCUCGUUCCCAUGUCUCCUUCUUACGUGACCGCGGAGGCGACGGCUGGGCGCGAUGGAGGAAUAUGCCCGGGAACCUUGCCCUUGGCGAAUUGUGGAUGACUGCGGUGGUGCCUUCACCAUGGGGAUGAUCGGCGGGGGUGUCUUCCAGGCUGUGAAAGGCUUCCGUAAUGCCCCAGUGGGCGUUCGGCAUCGGUUCAAGGGCAGCGUCAACGCCAUCAGAGUCAGAGCGCCGCAGAUCGGAGGCAGCUUCGCGGUGUGGGGUGGGCUCUUCUCCACCAUCGACUGCGGCCUGGUGAAGAUGCGGGGCAAGGAGGACCCCUGGAACUCCAUCACCAGCGGGGCACUCACCGGAGCAGUGCUGGCCUCGCGCAGUGGGCCACUGGCCAUGGUAGGCUCAGCUAUGAUGGGCGGCAUCCUGCUUGCCCUGAUAGAAGGCGUCGGGAUUUUGCUAACGCGAUACACAGCCCAGCAGUUCCAGAACCCCAAUCCUUUUGGAGAAGACCCCAGCCAGCUGCCUCCCAAAGACGGCUCACCACCUUCAGGAUACCCAGGCUAUGGACAGUACCAAUGAUUCCGUGUGGAGCUGGGCUUCCUUUGGGGGUUUUUUGUAGGGCAGGAAUUUCCUCCAGAAGCUAUUGAAGACUGUAACCUAAUAACACUCAAAAGAUGCGUUGGAGGGAUUUAAUUCCUAGAGUCUUCUUCAGGGGAAGGGUACACCAAGAGAGGAGAGGGGAGCACGAACAGCGUGACAUCUACCUCUGCAGGGCCUUGGGGGUACUGGAAUUAGGGCAUUGUCCACACGCGGAAGGAGCCACAGCCUCUGUAGGAAUAACUACUGAACAUUGCAGGCUGACGUUACUUAGUUUGCAGGGUUCAGGGGUUCCGGCAGCAAUUAAUUGACCGGGAUGAAAGCUUCGGCAGGGUUGUUUUUCUUAGCUUUUCAUGGGGAUGGGGGCAUUUGUUGCUAUGUGUGUCAAGAAGACCUUCCCAGCUUGGUUCCCCAAAGCCUACAGGUGACCCGCGAGUCUGUGCCUUGCUUUCCUGGAGCGCAACACCUCCGAGAGUCUUGCGGAGAGAGGGGCUAAGGCAGCGGCGAGCAUCGGCCAAGAUCUGCUCAGCCCACCGACGGGGUGGUCUUUUCUUUUUUACCUGCUUGUUCAGGACUGCAGAAAGGGGCGAGGCGCGGUCAAGCACCCGGAACGUCACAGCGGGUAACUGAGGGGGGCCGCGUGCAACUUUGGGAAUGUCCCGUGUGGGCCUGUUGUACAGCCAAAGGUUGACCUCAUCGGGUGAUGCGCUGACCUUGGGUGUCUUAAGCGGGGUAAAUCAGAAGGAGAGCCAGUCGGGCCCUCUGCCUGCCUGCGGCCCCCUCCCACCGCGCAUAUAACGACCCCCGCCCUUGGUUUUCGAUUGAUAUGACCCUCCCAGUGUGACCCCAACUGCCAUUUCCCCCCCAAAGAACGGCGGCUGCAGUUCUAUACGCUGGUAAAUUUGGCUCCCAAGGAGGCCCGGCAGCUUAGUACGACCUGGUUUUUUAAAAACUUUUUUUUCUGUGAAACUUGUUAGGGAGGGGUGUGGACUGAAGCUUUAGUCAGCCCCCUACCCCACCCCGCGGUCUUUCCAGGAGCCUCUCUUUGACUGCAUAUCCCCCCCCAAGCUUCUUAUAAUUGUAUUGCAAAUCCUUGGAAAAAAGAAGAAAGACUUGAACGUAUUCUCUGUUUCAGGUGUAAAUACAAACUGACUUGCUUGA